GGCGCAGCCCCGGCCGCCGCCCCGCCCCGCCAUGCCGCAGCCGUAGGCAGCCCGCGGCCGCUCCCAGCCCUCGGCCUCCGCGGCCUCCGGGCGGCGGGCCCGGCCGUGCCCCUGCCCUGCCCUGCCCGAUGGGCGGCCUCCUGAGCGGGGUCAGCUUCAAGGAGCCCACCACGGUGGAGGACUGCGACUCCACCUGGGAGACCGACUCGGAGCCCGAGGCGGCGGAGCCCGCCGGGGAACCGCCGGCGCGGCGGCAGCAGCAGGAGGGGGUGUGCACCGCCGCGGGAGGCGGGGAAGAAGAACCGGCCGACCUGCCCGCCGCGGACCGCCGGCCCCAGGAGCCCCCGCCGCCCCCCUCGCCGCCGCCGGAGGAAGGGGAGCGGGCAGAGGCGGACGCCGCCAGCCCCGAGCAGGGUGGUGAUGGAACUGACCUGACAGCCAAGCCAAAGAGAAGCUUCUACGCAGCAAGAGAUUUAUACAAGUACCGACACCAGUAUCCACAGAACUUUAAAGAUCUUCGAUAUCAAAAUGACUUGUGCAAUCUCCGCUUUUACAAAAAUAAAAUCCCGUUUAAACCUGAUGGGGUUUAUAUUGAAGAAGUCCUAAAUAAAUGGAAAGGAGACUAUGAAAAACUGGAACAUAACCACACUUACAUACAGUGGCUUUUCCCACUGAGGGAACAAGGUCUGAACUUCUAUGCUAAAGAAUUAACUACAUAUGAAAUUGAGGAAUUCAAGAAAACAAAAGAAGCAAUUAGAAGAUUCCUUUUGGCUUACAAAAUGAUGUUGGAGUUUUUUGGAAUAAAACUAAUUGAUAAAACUGGAAACGUAGCACGAGCUGCUAACUGGCAAGAAAGAUUUCAACAUUUGAAUGAGUCUCAACACAACUACUUGAGAAUCACUCGAAUUCUGAAAAGCCUUGGCGAGCUUGGAUAUGAGAGUUUCAAAUCUCCCCUGGUAAAAUUUAUCCUCCAUGAAGCUCUUGUGGAAGAUACCAUUCCUAACAUAAAGCAAAGUGCUCUAGAAUAUUUUGUGUAUACUAUUAGAGACCGAAGAGAAAGGAGGAAACUCCUGAGAUUUGCCCAGCAACACUAUACGCCCUCAGAGCAUUUUAUCUGGGGACCCCCAAGAAAACAGAAGUCGGAGGCAAGCAAAACAAAUAAAAAGCCAGCAUCUCCGAUUUCUAUUCACAAUAGUUAUAUUCCUAAGCAUAAGAAACCAAAAGAGCCUAAGAAUACAUCGGCAAGUGGAAGCUCUGCUGGUAAAACAACUGAAGAAAGAAAGGUAGAACUCACAAAAAACGGCGAAGAAAAUGACCAGGAUGAACAAGAAAUGAACUGUGAUCCUGUUAGGCAGAAUAACAGUGAAAAGAACAGCGAUACCGAUAGCGGUCAGCUUUCAAAAUCAGAAGAAAUUCAUGAUACUUCAGACAGAAAGGAGGACACUUCUCAUUCCAAAAAGGAUGAUGAAAAUCUGAACAGUGACUGUGGAAAUCACCCAGACACUAUAGAGAAAGAUUUAUGUGACACUGAGAAUUCUUCAAAUAACACGUCAGCAGAACUACAAGAUAACCUUGAUAAGGAUAUGCUUUCAGGGGGGACCACCACGAAAAACAAGGAUGAGCUCAAAUCAUGAGUCUGAGGUUAAAAAUCAUUAUAUUUCAUAUUGAAUGAAGCAAAUUAUUCAUUGCUCCUUCAUUUUGGGUGAAAUUUCCAUCUAGUGUAAUAUAAAGUGUUCAUGAGACUAUGCUUGUUGUGCAUACAUCAGAUUAGGCUUCUGUUUGGUUAAUGAAUUUUAUUUUUCUUCAACUCAGUUGUUUAUCAGCAGUCAACCAGGUGUGGCUCUUUAAAACAAUUGUGUAUCUUCAAAGCUAAGAAAUCCAUUAUCUUUUCCAGACAGAUUGCAUAGAAAAGCUUAUCUAUUUUUUUGCCAUUAAAUUAAUCCAGUAUUUAAAAAAAAAAAAAAGUGUAACUUACUAGAAGGCCUUGGAACAUCAGAAUUUUUAAGUUUCUUUUAAUAUGCUUUAAGUGUUGAUUUCCUUUUAUGAAAUGACUAGAAAUUCUUUCAAGAGCACAGUUUUUUCCCUAGUGGAUAUUUUUUUAGGAACUAUGUUCAUGUUUAAAGGCAGUAUUUGCACAGCAUCUUUUACCUUAGAUUAGCAUCCUUGUCGGAGACACUUUGUAAUGGGUAUCAAAAUGUCCUGUGCAGCUGGGUAUCAUUGUACAUUGAAUUAAAGUUUAACUUAGGAUGAAACUGUAUCCACAGCUUUUGGGUACAAAGGAAGUUGUGCUUUAGACUUCUUUUAGUCCCUGUUAGGUUCUCUCUUCUCUGGACUCGUUUGUUGCUACUACUAAUUUGGGGGGAGGAAUAUCUCUGAUCACUCAGAUUUGGUCUCAGUGUGAAAGCUCUCUGAUUGAUCAGCUGUAACAAAACAACUCCCCCAGCUGGGUUCAGCACCUAGAAAGCCUCCGGACAGCUGAAAAGCAGUGUCUUCACCACAAGGCACUGCUUAAUCAUCAAAGCCAUCAGAGACAAUGUCACCAGGCCUGUCCAGCUGGAUCUUACCUGAACUUGGAGGUUUCUUGGCCAGUUUUGGGUAAGGUCUGCACAAUGCUGAACACCCUCUUGCUGGUCUGGGAGAGAAAGGCCAUCCUGAUGCUUUCCUUCCAGCUGUCUCUUUCCUCUCUUUGCUCGCUAUCAGAGGUCUUUCACAGUUUAAUGUUAUUUUGAUGGCCAGCUGAAAUCUGAGGUAGGCCAGUCUGCUGGCCCAGCUGGAGCCCAGCAAGUAGGAAUUUCCCAGUUAAGAUCUUUCCCAACUUUCUUCACUGAAGGACUGUUUGCUUUCCCUGAGUAGCCUCUUCUGACUUCAUGCCAUUCAGUCAAACAAGAUAGUACCCAGCAAGUUAAUUGAAUAUGAAUUAAAAAAUAAUUCAGGUAGAACUCACACUUUCUACAGUCCUAAAAUAGUCUACAACUUCUGUAUCUAUUUUCUAUUUAGAAGUGUAUAUAUUAUCUACUGCCUUUAAUGUAUUUUUGAUGAAAUGUUAUGAGGUAAGUGGCUAACUACAGUUAGCGUGCGUGAGUGCACUAUGGGACUUUAUUGAAGUCUUAUAACUCAAAAUGGCAAAGUCUUCAGGGGUUUCAGAGCAUAGACAAAAUGUCUUGUAUUUUUCUGUUUCGCUAAUUCCCAUCACGGCAGUGCAUCAUCCAUUGCUUUCCCCAGGUAGCACUGUUUCUUGGGAUCAAAUAGAAUGGCAGUUAGAGAUCUUGGUACCCAUGGACAAAGAUCAGGCUCUUUCCAUCCUAAAGAGGCAGGGAAGAAGGAAGACAUAUCCCUCCUCCUCCUGUGCUGACUUGUAAGGAAAGGAAUGUAUGUAUGUGGAUUUUUUUAAGGGUAACCCAGAUUGCUCGAGGAGGCGUUAAGUCUGUCUGAGCAGAAAUGCCCCAGAGAAUUCCACUUGCAGCCACUGCCUCUUUAAAGCUGGAAUGGUGCUGAGAAGCCUUUCACAAUACCCUGGACUUGAUCUAGGAUCCCCUUGUCCGUGUUUGCCUCUGACCUUCGGAGCAGAAGGGGACAGGAAAAGGCUGAGAUAAAAUUGGUCCAUGUAGUUAAGGACUCAUCCUCCCUGUGUGUACGCGCGGGGUCAAACUUUAUGUUCUGCCUAUGACUUUUUAAAUCUUGAGUGCCUAACCAUGCCAACUUAAUAGCAUUGUUUUUACAUAGUUAUUUCUUGAAUGGCAUAAGGAAAAUUUAUACCCUGUGUAUGAGGAACAUAACUAUAAGGUAGGUAGUUAUGCGGAGCCUUCAAUUUAUGGACUUUAGUAUUAAGGGUAAACACUUUUAAAAAAACGCAUGGUAUUCAAGUGAAAUAAGGGAUGCUGGGGGUGUUAUUAUAUUUAUACUGUAAUUGGAUUGAACAUCGAUGACCUCAGGAGAUCUUUUGUCUACUGAACAAAAAAAAAACCAAAAAAAAAAAGAUAAAUCUUGCUCUAAUUUUAGACCACAAAGCUCUUGGGAUGUGCAUCCAAAAGAUUUCUCUGCAGUACGGUAUUCUGUUACUGUGACACAGCUUUCACCUGUACAUGCUUGCUGGUUGUCUACUCCUAAUUAAGUACUUCAUGUACUUUUAAUCUGGCAGGGCUGUCUGCAUUAAGGGCCCAGUGUAUCUGAAAAUACAGUCAAGAACUUUGGGACUCAUAUCCUUAUAUUAACUUUGCAAUUUUUUUUUUUUUUUUUUAAAUCCACAACUCAGUAUAUUUCUAUCAAUUUUCAUAGAAGUGAGAAGAGUAGUGGCAUACCAGUUGCCUACAAAGAACUAUGGUAAGUGAGGUUUUUUGUGUCAGGUGGGCUCUUGCACUCUGUAAUCUUUGUCUUACAGCUUUAUCAACAGAAUUACUCCCAUGGGACACUUCAACUUUAACUAACAAAUUCUGCUCUAUGUAAAAUGUGAUGUUUAUCUUUCUUUUCCAUGGAGGAGUUGUUUCUUCUGAUUUUGCAAGUGCUUAAAAGAAGGAUUCAUUGCAGGGCAAUCAUGCAGUGUAGCAUCCCAUUGAGAUUUGGGAGGAUCAAGUAGGUGCACUGUAUGCGUUUCAUUACAGGAUCAUGGCCUUAGCAACCAGAAGCACCCUGUGCUUGAAGUUUCUAAGUAUUGGCUUUCAGGUUUACAGGUUUACAGUAUAUGCUGAAAUGAUUGUCUUCUCAUAAGUGCCAGUACUUAGUUAUUUAACCAUUACUUCAGAAACCGAGGAUGUGCAAAGAAAGUCAGCACAUUUGCUCACUGUUAAAACUUAGUUUUGUCUCUCUAUUAUGCUUAAGUAUUCAGGGAUUUCUGUGUACUUACUACGAUAAUGUGUUUUGGCCCAGUGUUUUACUGGAAUCUGAGCUAUUAAUUUAUUAAUUGAACAGAAUCUCCCAUACAGGUGUUCUUUCCUAAUAAGUAUAUCUGAGUAGCCUCUGGUACUGGUAAGCAGGAGUAACGUGUAUAUGCACGUGCCUGUGAAUUUGGUUUUACGUAUCCUGCGGUGAGGAGAUAUGCAUGCGCAACUUGACAAAAUGUUACUGAGUACACACAUGCAAGUGAAGGCGAUCGUACAAAUCAUGCAAAAGUGCAGCACUUUAGUUACAGCUCUGUGCCGUACUAUCCAGGACGUAACUCUGCCUCGGUACCUGGUUCGGUGUUGGUGUAGAGACUGAAAGCUUGGGUACGUGAGGUGUGCACCGCAGACCGUUCAGAUAAGAAGAGCAGAUACGCGUGUGCACGUAUCUAGGAGCAGAACUGAGCUCUUGGUGUCCAUAUUGCUCAUAUUUAAAGGCAUGAACCUGAAGGAUGCUAAAAGUAUUUGCAAUAAGCCUUCGAGAGCUGUUCCCUGGCUUGGUCAGCUCCCCAGUUUCCUGCUCUACGAUUGCAGCAGUCUGAUGUAUUAGGUAUUUGUAUAAUCAUAGUUAAUAUUUCAUGUAACCUAGUGUAAGCCUCCUUGAAUUAUUCCAGGAUAAUUCUAAUAAUCUGCAGUUGCAUAUACCUGUAUUAUAGCCAGAAAGUUUACAGACUUUAGAAGCUUUGUAUAAUUUUGAUGGAUGAGCUAAUAAGGUAAGUCAAGGGAGAUUUACUAGAUUCAAAUGGAAAAUGGGUCUUGUUUGUUUUUAAAUAAAAUUUAUGUAUAUCUGUUUAACUGAAUUAUUUUUUUGCACCUUUCUUUUCCUGACAGUUGUGAUGCUACUGAUCACAAAAUAUGGUAAUAUAUAUAUGUUUAAGUGAAAAUGUAACUCUUAUUACGCCAUACUUUUACAGGUAACAUACCAUGUUGAAUUUCCUUGACAAAAGCUGUAUUUAUGAAUAAGAAGCAAGUAUGUGAAGUAAGUUUUGCCAUUAAUAAAAGUGUGACAAUAUCACACUAAUGAUGCACAUUGCCGUAAGAACUACCAGUGUGGAUCAGAACCAAAGAUGUUUCUAGCCUUGUAUCCGGCUUCCAGCAGUGGCCACCAACAGAUGGUGUGAAAAAAAGAACAGCUAAGGUGACCCCAUUUUUCUCCAGGAAUUUUUCCAUUUUUGAGCUCAUGGUUUCUUUCAGCCUCCACAGUCUCUCGUGGCUGUGAGUUCCAUGUUUUAAUUAUGUUUUGUGUGGAAAAAGGAAUCUCUUGUUUGCCUCAGAUCUGUUUAUCCAAGAAUUGCUAGUGCAUUUAAACACAGUUACUAAAAGUACUGUAAGAUGAACAGUAAUCCACUUCAAGUCAGUUUUUAAAAGCCGUAGGAGAUUCUAGUGAUAAAAUACCUGCUUAGGCAGAAAAUGUCCUGUGUUUCUAUCCUUAGGCAGAGGAUGUCUGCUUAGGAAGAAAACUUGUCCUAUGUUGAUGACAAUAUUAUCUUGCUUGUCCCUUCUGAAUAAAUUUUUAUACAUAAAUCCUUUUGUAUGAAGUAUUAAAAGUCAGAUUCCAACUGCAAAACAGAUUUUAUUUUUUUUCCUAUCAGUGUAAAAGCAAGAUCAGUCAAAGGCAAAACCUAUUCCUAGCCCACAUCUGAGUGAGGUACCUCUGGAUGUGGAGACACCAGCAUCAAUGGGUGUAACGUUGUGAUCAUGUAGAAGACGGAAAUACUAUCUGGGAUUUGCUGAGAACCAUACUCCUCAUUCCACAUUUUGGUAACUUAUUUUGAUACGAGUCCCCGGUUCCAAUUGCAAUUGGAGUAACUGCUCAAAAGGUGUUUUUGAUGGCCAUCGGAGCCUGAAAAUGAGGGAUGGGUCAAAAAGGCCUAAGCAUGAGCAACCCGCCCUCCAUUCACAUCAUGGUCAACACCAUAGGUUGACUACUAACAGGUACUUAGAUGCAGUUCUCCAAGGGGAAUGUAAAUUGUGUGUCUCUAAUAUCUCUGUGCUCUGUAUUGCCUAUGAACUAUUUCUUUUCCUGAAAGCUGUGUUCCUUUUACAGCCCAUGUUCUUAAGUAUACUUACUUAAGACCGUCGGGGAAAGGAAGAGUUUAUUUUAAAGAGUAUAUUUAAUACAUGCCAUACCUAAUGGACUCGUAAAAUACAGUUCAAAAGCUAUAGAGACCAAUUAAAUAGAGACCUCUUCUGGCUUUACAUUUAUCAUCACCUUUAUUUUCAAAAGCCUUAAGCUGUUUGCGAUAAAAUAACAAAUGUGAGAAUUGGCAAAUCGUUCUGAAAGAAGUCUCUUCUUAGAAACUCAGCACUUUUUAAUUCUACCACGCUUACUAGUCUAGUGGCGUAUUCAUCAGCGAAAAUUUAUUGUGAAAUAUACUGAAUGUAUUUACUACUGUGGCUAACUAUGUGAAAAUUAUUGUUUUGCAGUAAAAAAGGUUAUGGCGUUUAUAUUUUGGGGAUCUGCUGAAGCAUGUUUGCUAAUCCUUAGUUCCUCUUUUUUCUGUGUUUUAACCUAUUCCAUAGUUGUUUGCCUUUUAUGCGGUUUGAGUUCAGCAACAGAUGAUUAGGUAUAGUUUUGCACUGAUAAAAUUUGGAAAUAUUGUAGACUUCAUUGUUAAAAUGUAUUCUAAGAAAAAAGUGCAGUAAAAAAAAAAACAAAACAAAACCCAACAAUUUUUACUUGCAAAAUGAAACAGCUACAUGUCAGUUUUUAUGAAUGGUCCUGCUCUCUUCUCUGUAUUCCUUUGCAGUGUUUAAUUACAGAAUGCCGUGCAUGUUUGGUAGUACCAAUACCAUAUGUAUGUGGUAGGAGUGGUAACCAGUUUCUGGAUUUGUAAUGCACUAUAAAGAUAUAUUUUAUAAUUCUGUAACUGUAUGGCAGUGUUAUGCCAAAAAAUUGUAUAAACAUAAAAAGCAAUAGUUUUUGUUGCUUACUGCUAUAUUUUAAAUCGUUUGUAAAAUGAAAUACUUGGAUUUCCUUUCAGGUAAAUAUAUUUUUAAUAACAGCAGCCAAAAACUCAAAACUAAUAAAGCUUCUUCAUUUAGCAGCAUUGUUUUAGCAACAUGUACAAAUAUUGUGUAGCUCUAAUAAUGUGUAAUUGCUGUUCGGCGCUUGUUUGUAUAGUCUUCUGUAAAUGUAUUAACACUUAAAAGUAGGGCAUUAAAGGCUCUGGUCUUCCUU